CGCAUGCGUUGUAGUGAAAUUCACCGGUGAGAUAAUUUUUUAUCAGGAAAGAUUUGGUACACAAAUCACAGAAAAAUAGUUGAUCAGAAUAUACUUCUCUAUAAUUCAAUAAUGGCCAGUCCAAGGACUCGAAGAGUUUUGAAAGACCUGAAAGUUAAAGAUGGGAAUAAUACAUGUUUUGAAUGUGGAGGACACAACCCUCAAUGGGUUAGUGUUACCUAUGGAAUAUGGAUUUGUCUAGACUGCUCAGGAAAACAUCGAGGACUUGGUGUACACCUAAGCUUUGUAAGGUCAGUCACCAUGGAUAAAUGGAAAGAUAUUGAAGUUGAAAAAAUGAAAGUGGGUGGAAAUGGAAAGGCUAAAAACUUCUUCAAAAAUCAGCCAGAUUACAGAGAGGGAAUGUCAAUUCAUGAGAAAUAUAACACAAAAGCAGCUGCCCUUUACAGGGACAAAAUAAUAGCAUUAGCCGAAGGGCGCAGCUGGUCAGAAGCAACAUCCGCUGCGAAGGAUUACAAAGCCCCGGCUAGCAAUUUCCAUCAUUCUCAGUCGACCCCAGCCCUCGCCAGUAAAUUGACGUCAUCAGACCGCACACACAGCCCUCACCCGAAUACUGCGGAAGAUUUAGAAAGUUUUCUUGGAAUGUCAAAACGUGAAAUUGAUGCACAGAAAAGUGACUUUUUUGCCAAAAGACAACAGGAAAAUGCUACGAGACCAGAAGGAUUGCAUCCAAGCCAAGGUGGAAAAUAUGUUGGAUUUGGUAACACCCCCGCUAAUGAUAGGAAAAAGGAUGAAUCAGGUUGGGACACUGCACUUUCAUCUCUUCAGACUGGCUGGUCAGUAUUUGCAAGUGGAGCUCAACAGAUUGCCAAUGUAGCAACAGAUAAGGCAGCCAAGAUAGGAACUGCAGUCAAUGAAUCAGUUAUCAAACCUGCCUCUCAAAAGGUGAAUGAAGGAAAAGUGUUAGAUGACAUGACAAGUACUAUGUCGGGUUUCGCAUCAAAGGUCCAAUCUGCUAGUCAAAAGGGGUGGUUCAAUUUGCAAUCAUUUGUUUCUGGUGCUUACAAUGUUAACAAAACUAUUCAAGAUAAAGACAUUCAGGAGAGCUAUACAAUCAACGACAAUAUGGAACCAGCAAAAAUACAGUCCCAAGGAGGGUAUGGUAGCUUGUCUGCAUCUUCUAAUGAAAACCCAUUUCAGGCAGCCGCAAAAGUACAAGCAACAAAGAAAGGGAAUUCUGAUGGGUGGGAUGCUGAUGGAUGGGGUGAUAAUGAUGGAUGGGAGGCAAAUGAUGAAUGGGGUAAUGGCUGGGAGAAUGAAAACAAGGGUGCAAAAAGCAGAAGUACUCGUAAAAAUGGUGAUUGGUAACUAGGUAUUUUAGGAAGAAAUUGAAUUAGAAUUUAUGUGUUAUUUUGAUACCAAAUUUUGAGGAUCAUUAUUUAAAAUUUCAACACAAUUGUCUCAGACAAUACAUUUGUCUGGAGAAAAUUACCUUUUAGGCAAGUACAUCUUUUGAGGUCCUGGUAAUAUAAGGCAUGCGAUCGCAUGCGCACGCCUCCACACACACCUAAAACUCCCGAGGCCUGCUUUCUAUCGCACGCACAGUUCCAUGUUUCAAAUGAUUAUCCUUUUUCUCUUUUUUUUUAUUUUCUUUUUUAUUUUCUCUAAAGCAAUUUUUAAUUUCUUUUGUGUGGGUUAUAUCGAUGGCAUUCCCGGAAACAUUUUAAUUCUUUACUUUUUUUCCAUUGAGCCCGGUUUUGAUUACUUCGUUUUUGUGUGUCUCUGUUCUCACUCUUCGUUCUUUUUGUAUGUUCUUGAACACAUUACCUUGGGCCACUCUGUUUUGUUCAAAACGAUAAUGUGCGUGUUUCCAUUACUCUAUAAUUGUCCGUUCACAUAUCCUUCUCUUGAGCUCUUUUUGAAACUGAGAUUGAAUGACUCAGUUUUCGAAUGAUUGCGUUUUGGAUGGCUCCACUUUGAAAAGCGUUUUUGAAUAACUUCAGUUUGGUAUCAAAUGACACAAUUUUUCAGCAUAUUGUUGAAACUAAAAGUCUAAAACAGAUUCACUCGAGUCCGUUCUCUAGUAAUGGCAACAGGGCCUAAAAACAGUAUCCUUUUUUGUUAAAUCAUUUUGUUUUCAAGAAACUUCUUCUAAAAUCGCAUAAAAACAUUUUGGCUUUAUGGAAACCUCAUACGCUUUUUCAAACACAUCUUCAUAAAAAUCAUGUCUCCACUUUAUGGAUUGCGCAUUUUUGCGUGCGAUUACCAGCACGCCGCCAGAUUUCAUAUUACCAGGACUGCUUAAGUGUCAACAAAGUUCCUGUUUUACAAAAGAGGAUUUCAUUGAAUUUUGAAUAAAUCAAACUGUAUAUGAUAAAAAGUCAAAGAGCAUCGUCUUGACUCUUUGUAAAGUUAAGCUCAGUCAUAUCAUUCAUAUGUAUCAACAUCAUGUUUAAGUCUGAAGGAAAGAAAUUAAGUAAAUCAAGUCUGAUCAUGCUAGAGGGACUUGAUAACUGUUCAAGGAGUUUGAAGAAGUAAUAGAACAGUAUUAUGUUUAUGACAAGUGAGAGACAAAUGUUUUAAAUUCAGUAUGAACCACCUUCCUAAUUUUUUAUGAUUUUUAAACUAUCUGUUGAAAGUUUAAAAGUACCUCACUCUUUGAACCAAAAUAUUUGCUAGUGUUAGAUUUCUGCCACCUCGUAAAAUAAUAUAUCUUACAGGCAUAUCUUUUUAAAAUCACAUAUUUAUUCUCAACUGAGAUAUCUAACCUAUUUUGUUCAUGAAAUAAUUUGGUAUGUCCUACUGGCUGUGUUGAAAAGAUAACAACAUGGAAAUUUUCUCCAUGCUUAUGUACUGGGAUAGAUAAUGAUUUUUAAAAUUAAAAACAAUUCAUUUUUGAAAAAUUAUUGAAGUGUCUUUAGAAUGUGCAAAUGAACUUGCUAAAACCUGUUUUGUAUGUUUCAGGAGCAGGCCCCAUAGAAUAUUACAAAGUUCCCACCAAUGCCCUAUUAUUUUACUAAAUGCUUUCAAGAUUGAUAAAAUACAGAACAGUUGUACUUAACAUGUUUCCAGAUUUGUGAAACAGCACAUACGUUUUUUGAUAAUUGAAAAAAUUUAAGAGUCAGUAGUGCAGUCAGUUGUGCUUAUAAUUAUAUCUGGCCUGAAGUCUAUGAUAAUUAAUGGCCAACAAAUGUUUUUAAUAAAAAAGCUUUCAAUCGAUACAUACCAAUUGAAAAGGACUGAUUAGUCAAACUUAGUAAGACAAUGCGUCAGAAAGACAAGGCAUCAGGAAUUUCAUAUCUUUUCCAUAUGGAUUGCUGAGAAGUGACAUAUUCUGCUACAUUAACCCCUGAAGGUGUUUCAUUUGGCCUUAAAAGAGCUUUUUGACUAUUAAAAGAGCUAAUUCCAAGAAUGUAAAGAUGAUAAACAAGCCCUUUUAAUUUGCCAACCCUGUAACCUUAUAUGAUUGGCAUGUCAAAAUAUUUUAGCUCAUUAAAGCUUUUUUGUUAUCAACCCUAUUUAGUUUAGCAAUAACUGUUAUCAGUAUUUUCAAUAUGCUGUGGUUCACAAGAAAGCCAAUUGGUAUUGCUGACCCACAGACUUCAGCAUUUUUAAUGCAAGCAUUUACCCUAAAUCAUCAAAAUUUAACUGUCAUAGGGACAAUUUAAAUGUUUUCACUGGAUUGAAAGGGUCAGCUAAAUGUUCUUGUUAAUCACUAUUAUUUGUAGAUUGUGGGUAAUAAUUUCAGAAUAAAUGUAAUAUUGUAUUCAUGGUCAUUUUCUAGACCUGUAUUUAGCUUGGAUAGAUAAUUUCAAAGUUUAAUUUGUUGUCAAUAACUUUGAGAUUAUAACUGCCAAUGUUUUAGCUUGUGAUCUUAAAAAAGUUUCAAGAUUAACUGAAGGCAAAACAUUGCAACUUUCAACCUAAUGGGACUUGCAAAUCGGUACUUUAUUGGUUAAUUGCCAAAAUAAUGUUAAGUCACCAAGGGUUCAAGACUUAAAUGCAGUCACUUUUGGCUAUUUCAUAAGUUGCUUUGAUAACAAAUGUAUUCAUGACACUAAUUAGGGAACAGCCAGUGUGCUGAAUAGGAAAACUCUUGUGGAGAGCUUGCUUUUUGUGAUCAUUUUAGGCCCAUUGUCUGGGUGCAAACCUCCUUUUUCCAAUGAUAUUGAAUGCAAAUUUUCUACAACAAUUUUUUUGUAAAUUUGAGGUGCAAUUUUUAAAUGUUUGUGUGUAGAACUAAACUGAUCUUGUGCAUGCAUUUGCCAUACACUGCAAGAUUGGGGUACAAGACACAGUGCAAAUAUCAUCAAAUUUGUACAUUCAUUAUUUUUUUAGAGCAGUGCAAUCCAUAAAUUUCAUAGCAGUGUGGUUUCAAAAGAGUAGAAAAUGCAAAUUUAUACAUAGAAUACAUAAAAAAUUGGGAUAUUUUUUAUCAUCUUAAAGUCUUGACUACAGAAAACCCUUGACAAUAAGGUGUGUCUUGUUAGCCAACAUGGCAACUGUUUAAAACAAGAAUUUAUGCAAAGUUUUUUUCAAAUAGAGUAGGUGAUAUUAGAGAAAAAUAAUCUGUCCUGUCAAAUUCUGACCAAAGCGACAAUAAAGUUUGCUAUACUUUCUUUACAACACAGAAGCAAAGUUUGUACAUGUUAAUGGCCUUUAGCAGAUGUAAGAAAAGAUAGGAAACUUCCCCCCUUAUGCCCUUACAUGCUCGUUUUGUUCUGUUUGUUGAACACAGUAACAUUCACAAGUUUUCCCAGACGCCAACAUUCUAAGGCGGUUUUUCUCGGGACUAGUGUUUCUCAAGGUGUUCAAGUUUCAAACCGAAAACUGUCCUAAAAAGUUGUGAAAGUCUAUCUCUUCCUCUCUCUUCUGCUCGGCUUUUUGCUACCGUAGGGUCCUCUGACAAAUGCCCAAUCCACGUUUAUCUUCUGCCCCAACAACUCGGCUCCAUUCAAUGCCUCUAAUGCACUCUGAGCUUCUUUGAAUGUUUCAUACUCAACGAGAGCGUAUCCUUUUAGGAAACCAGUUCUCCUGUCCAGAUUUAAAUGCGCAUUUUUAAUCUCUCCGUAUUCUGCAAAAACAUCUCGAAUAUCAUCUUCUUGAGCUUCUUCAUGAACAUUGGUUAUGAACAAUAUCCAACCUUCAACU